UCAUAUCACUUUCUAGCUUCCCGAUCACAGAUCUGUUCAACAAAAUUGCUUUUACUCGACCGUCUUGGCGCUAGGAGGUGCGCAUUGGCCACGUACCCGACAACACUCAUUCAUUCAUCAUCUCUCAUUAUUUUUCCACCAACGAACAAACAACAGAGCAAUCAACCAACCAUGGGCUGGCAUCCUGCUGUAGCAGAUCGCUCCUGCGUGGAGUUUACUCGCGAUGGGAAGGAGUUUGAAGAGAUCUAUUGCAUCUAUCCUUGGGCUAAGAAAUUCUACUUUCCAUUCGAAUACACCUUUCGACCGGCAUUUCUGUACGACUUUUGCCACACACACCACUGGGUUCCCUUUGCCUGUGUGGCGCUCUACUUGGCGGGCAUUCACUAUGGACAAAAGUACUUUGAGACGCGUCCGGCAUGGAAUUUGAAGGGACCAAUGGCGGCAUGGAAUCUGCUCUUGUCGGUCUUUUCCUUUUUUGGAUUCAUUCGAUGUCUUCCCUUUGUCCUGCACAAUAUUGGCACCUACGGAUUCGAGGCCACGCUCUGUAAUGAUCCCGAAAAUUCACUGGGGCAGUCCAUUACCGGUGUAUGGGUCCUCUUCUUUGUACUCUCCAAAAUUCCAGAACUCUUCGACACCUUUUUCAUUGUGGUCCACAAGAAACAGUUAAUUCUCCUUCACUGGUACCAUCAUGCAUCCGUCCUUUUGGCCAGUUGGCAUACGCUCGUCACCCACAGUCCCGCCGGAAUCAUCUAUACUACCGUCAACUUUGGGGUCCAUUUUGUCAUGUACUUUUACUACUUUUUGAUGGCCAUCAAAUGCAAACCCAAAUGGUUCCGACCGCAAUGGAUCACCAUUGCUCAAAUCACACAAAUGGUGGUGGGCACCGUGAUCAGUCUCUGGGCAUUUUCACUGGUCCACAAGGAAGAAUGCUGGGCCAAAUUUGAAAACAAUUCCGGGAUUUUGGUCAUGUAUGUCAGUUACUUUUUGUUAUUUACUCAGUUCUUUUUGAAUCGGUUUGGGUAUGGGAUCAAUGUCAGUGGUACCAAACAACGAAACAAGAACAACAAGAGUACAUCCAAAAAAGACAAGGCGACAUAGGAAUUAGACUAUGGAACGAGAAGAAAGAAACAACAGUCAACAAUGGCAAUAUUAAUAACCUUGGUGGUAGUUCUAGCUAGAGGUUACGCGCAAACAGAAAAGCAGAACGAUUCUUCAUGUAAUUGUGGGCUAUGAUAUCAUUCUUUCGUUCUAAUCGUUGCUCUACUGUAUUUUGCUCGUGGAAAUUGUCUCCUAACCAACUAGGUAGUCAACUAGCAGCUAG